CCCCUCGAAGACUUCCGUCUUCCUCCCAACUGGGACUUCGGUCCAGGACCUCUCUCGGCUGGAGAAAUGGUGGCGGUCUUGUAGAGCUGCCUUCAGAAUCUCCGGCGCGGCAGCAUCUCUCCGGCGCAUACAGACGAUACCUGGGAGAAGCCGAAGCUGGUACAUCUUGUGUGACUCUAACAAACAAACAGCUACUGGACUUCCCACUAACCAAUGUCCGGAAAUGGUGAUGGCACAAUUACAAGUCCCUCUGAGGGAUCUCUGCCCACAGCUGAAGUUCUGCCCGAGCAGCCAAAGUAUGUGUGCACGCUGUCUGCCGAGCUUAUUGCCAAGGCACGUGAAGAACUGCAGGAGAAGCCAGAGUGGCGACUUCGAGAUGUUCAGGCUCUCAGAGACAUGGUGUGCAAAGAUUAUCCUAACCUUGGGACACGUCUAGAUGAUGCUUUCUUGCUUCGGUUCCUUAGAGCCAGGAAAUUUGAUUAUGAUCGAGCGCUUCAGCUUCUUGUGAACUACCAUUGCUGUAGGCGCAGCUGGCCUGAAGUCUUUACUAACCUGAGACCGUCUGCUAUAAAGCUUGUGUUAGAAUCUGGGUUUGUCACUGUGCUUCCUCACUUAGACUCUGAAGGACGUCAUGUGGUCUGCAUUCGCCCAGACAGAUGGACACCGAGCAACUACCCAAUUACUGAGAACAUUCGUGCCAUUUACUUAACUCUGGAAAAGCUCAUUCAGUCUGAAGAGACUCAGGUGAAUGGAAUUGUGAUCCUUGCAGACUACAAAGGAGUCAGUUUAUCUAAGGCCUCCCAUUUUGGUCCCUUCAUAGCCAAAAAAGUGAUUGGAAUUCUUCAGGAUGGCUUUCCUAUUAGAAUAAAAGCUGUCAACAUAAUAAACGAACCUCGCAUAUUCAAGGGCAUUUUUGCGAUCAUCAAACCUUUUCUGAAAGAGAAAAUAGCAAAUCGGUUUUUCCUCCAUGGGUCAGACAUGAGCUCUCUCCAUCAGAACCUGCCGCCCAGCAUCCUCCCUGAAGAAUAUGGGGGCACAGCGGGGAACCUGGAUAUCUCCACCUGGAACGACCUGCUGCUGGCCUCAGAGGGUGACUUCCUGUAUGAUGUCUCUCAGCUGGCUCCCUCCAAUGACCCUUCACCCGAUGCCCCAUUAAUGAGCGCAGAGGUUGACGAGAAGCAAUGUGACGACUCCUUGCGAAGCUUGAAAACACAGCUCUAUUACUGCUACUGAAUGGGCAGGGAACUGUUCCCGACGGUCCCCUUCCUAGUCACAAAAGAGAUGAACUCUACCUUGUUCCUAAAACCAGAGCCUUGUUGAGACACUUUACGUUGGAACCAAAGCAAAUUAAAAAGGGGGAGGGAAUGGAGCAAGGUAGAGUUCUGUGGAACUCUGGUAGGAUGGGGUACCGUUUGAACCUCCUUGAAAUCUGUGGUUUAGUGACCCUUUUUGUUAAAGAAUUUCAUAUAUCAAUGCAAAUUGAAGAAUCCUGUUAACACCAUGGUCCUAAAUGCAGCUUACUUGAAGGGAAGUUGCAUCAAAAUGGAUUGGGGGUGGGGCUUCCAGCUAUGUAAAAGUAGCAUCACCGUGCUGGAUUUUCCACUGUGGACAUGUUAAUGUAUGAACAAAAGUCCAUGGAAUUGCAGCCAGCAGCCUCUGCCAGUUGAUGUUGGGUGAAGUAAGGAUGAAUGGCAGCUGAACGUCCGAGGAGACCCCUUUUGUCUGCCCUGUUCAUACUCUCAUCCUGCUUGUCACCAUCCCAUCUAUUCAGUGGCUCCCCUGUGUAAAUGGAAUAGCUUUUUGUCACUUGGGGCAAAAACUUGAAUGGCACCUUGCAGAAGUGGGUUAAGUAAAUGCCAAUAGUUAUAAUAAAGCAGAUGCACUGGCAUUUGCUAACCCUGCUAACUUUUGGGCAUUUUCUUGCAAGUUUAUUUUAUGCCCAUAUUUGAAUUUGUGCAACAACCAGGACCAACUGGGAGGGAGAAAAGUUUUUGCACAGUUGUUCAGUUGCCAGUAAAUGCCCUGUCGUUGAUACAGAAAGCUUAAUAGCUUGUAGGUAUAAAGGUGU